AUGGUGAGUGCUGUGGCAAUGCCGCCACACUGCAGCCUGCACCCCCUACCCCCCCUGCCCGCACUCUGGGCGGCCGAGGCCAGAGCCCCAGGGCUGCUGGUCGCCCCCGAGGACUCUCUGUGCAGCCUCUGGGAGCCCCUGGGACCACCACCUCCCUUUUGGCUUUGCGUCUGGCUCAGGCCGCUGGAUCCCGGGGUCGCCCAAUGGGGGCUUGAGGGCGGGACCCAGGGGCGGGGCGCCUCCCAGCCUGCGCCCCACGUGUCCCCGGAGGCCCCCGGCCCCACCAGCUGGGGUAGGGGGCGCGCCGUUACUUCAUUCCAGCCCAUGGCCUCAGGGGCCCGGCGCGUCGUGCAGAGCCCCCGCGUCAUGGGGCGCGCUCGGGCGCGGGGCUCGCCGGGGGCCAGGCAGGGUCCCGGGGCCCCUCGCCGCCUCUCUGCUCACUCUCUGCCCUGCAGCGGCGCCAGCCCCGGCCGAGAACUUCCCGCGGCGCCCGCCCGGUCCCGAGCCGAGCCGGGAAGGCGACUUCUCUGGCCUGACAUGCCGCCUCCAGGAAGCCUUCCAGUCCUCUCCCUCCACCGAGUGCCGGCGGAGACUCUGGCAAAGCUGAAGGACCGCUUCUGGAAGAGGCCUCAGUGCCCUGCCCCGCCACCGCCCAGGAGCACCCAAGCAGCCCCCUGACCACCCCGUGGUGGCGGCCCCCAGCCCCUCAAAACAGAGGAGAGCCUGGGCUGCCCGGCAGAGCUCCUCUUCCAGUAGGGCAUUUUGUUUCCCUUCCUAUUUCGGUUGCCCGAGCUGGGGCCACGGACGGAUGGGACCUGCCUGUUUCGUCACUCUGAGGGAGAGGGUCCCAGGGCAGGUGUUGUGUAUGUUACAAGUUGUAAAUUGCCAAGUUGGGCACUGUGAGGGGCCUCUGGGGCCAGGACUGCCGUGAAGGCUGGUGGUGCCAACUCAGGCCCAGCCUGGGCCUGCAGCUGGACCUCUGCCUCCCAGCCGGAAAGGGCUGGUGCUUUAUGUUAAAGCCAAGCGUGUGGGUGUGUGGGUGUGUUGGGGGGUGGGGGAUGCUGUGCAUCCGGUAGGUUGUGGUCUGUAGACCCCUGUGAGUGAGGGGCUGUGGCUGCAUCCCUGUGGGAUGUGGGGUAUCCGUGGGUCAGUGGCAGAUGUUUGGGGGUUACAUAGCGUGUAUGCCUCGGAGCUGGGCUGUGGUGGAGCAUGAAUAAAUGUGCCCGUCUACAGCCUUGGCCUGGGUCUCUCCCUCUCUCCCCAAAGACUGUCAGGCCCCAGGGUGGGGGGCCACUGCCCUGCUGGUCCAGCCCACUCCCCUGGCCUGUGGUGAUGGGAACCCCCUCACUGAGGCCCCAAGCCCUUCCCUCCCCAGCUUUGCUUUGGGGGAGCCCCAAUUCCCAGAACCUCUGAG